GUCAAAUUAUAAACAUUCAUCAGAGACUCGGAAUGUUUUAGAAAAACCUUAUUGUAAAAAAGAUCUGAGAAGAAAAACUUGAAGAUGAUUUCCCUUUCUGAUGUUCCCUCAACAUCUUCCAUUCUAUCAACAUACACUGCCUUCACCACUUCAGCUUUCCUAGUCAGGACAGUUCUUACUGAGCUCAAAGCAUUGGCCAACCAGUUCUUGCCUGGAGACCUCCUGGAAAAGCUCUCUUUAAAACUGGGAGGCCUAAUCUGCAACUUCUCCUCCAAAACAACUCUCGUCAUUGAUGAACAGAACGGCCUUAUCCGAAAUGAAAUCUUCGAGGCCGCUGGAAUCUAUCUCAGAACAAAGCUGAACCCUGCAGCUGGCAGGCUCAAAAUCUCCAAGGCGUCCAGGGACAAAAGCAUCACAUUCAUCAUCAGCAGAGAUGAGAAAAUCGCGGACACGUUUGGCGGCGUGGAAUUGAUCUGGGAAUUGAAAGUCACUGCCAGUACUUCUCAGAAAUCCGAGUUUGAUCGCUUUUCUUCUUCCGAGAGCAGUACGGAACGGAAAUCGUUCGAACUCUCCUUCAACAAGAAAUUCAGUGAAAUUGUUAUCAGCAAAUAUAUACCGUUCGUUCUGGAAAGAUCGAAGGCCAUAAAAGAAGAAAACAAAUGCGUGAAGCUGAUGGCGUUAGGAAACUAUACAGAUGAGGUUAAUCUGGAGCAUCCGUCCACUUUUGAGACCCUAGCGAUGGAUCCUGAACUGAAGAAGGAAAUCAUAGAAGAUUUGGACAGAUUUGUUAGCCGGAGAGAUUAUUACCGGAGAGUUGGGAAGGCGUGGAAGAGAGGGUACUUAUUGUAUGGGCCUCCGGGAACGGGGAAGUCGAGUCUGAUAGCAGCCAUGGCCAAUUAUCUGAAAUUCAGCAUCUAUGAACUGGAUCUGUCUUGCUUACGGAGCAACUCGGAUCUCCAGGAGCUGCUUCCCACUACUAAAAACAAAUCCAUCCUUGUGGUUGAGGAUAUUGAUUGCAGCAUUGAUUUGCAGAACAGAAAUAAUGGAGAUCACGGCAAGCAGAGUAAUGAUCCAAGUUAUCCUCAGGUAACGCUAUCUGGUAUACUGAACUUCAUUGAUGGAUUAUGGUCGUCUUGUGGGGAUGAAAGGAUCAUUGUGUUGACGACCAACUACAAGGACAGGUUAGACCCAGCACUACUUAGACCGGGAAGAAUGGACAUGCAUAUCCUCAUGUCAUAUUGCACCCCAGGUGGAUUUCGGGUUCUUGCAUCGAACUACCAUGGCCUGAAAGAUCACCCCAAGUUCACGGAUAUCGACAAACUCUUAACGGAGGUGAAUGUGACACCUGCUGAGAUUGCAGAAGAGCUGAUGAAGAGUGAUAAGGCAGAUGUUGCCCUUGAAGGACUCAUUAAGCUUUUUCAAAAGAAAAAAGGUGCAUGUGAUGAGUUGAAGGUGGGAGGAGAUAUUGUUACCACUAAUCGGACCGAUACAGUAGUUGAACAUAGAGCAAUGAGGAGGUUGAGGAAGAUGAGGAAUAAGAACAGAAGGAAGGGAAAUCGUAGUCAUGAUUAGCAUUUAGCUUGAUUUUAAUACUACGUAUGUUUGAUUUGUUGCCAUGUAAUCCUAGAAUAGAAUUUCUCUCAAGACAAUUCUAUUCCUGAGAAUAUUGUUUGGAUUAAUAGCUGCAGAAUAUAAGUUCGCCAACUCAAGCUCCUUCCUUCAUUUUAAGUCUCUUGAAAUAAAAACUAAAAAGUAAC